AUGUAUGACUACGCAGUCGAACUCACCGAUGAAUACUGCAACACUGUAAGUUCCGCAGCACCCUUCCCUUCCGAUUAUCGCCUUCUUCUCAGAUGUUUCAAGGUGCUUUUGAUCCUUCGUUCCGAAUAGUCAAAGUCUAUCACAUUGUUCUUUCGGUGUUCUCGAUGCUCUCCGUCGUUUUCUUCUUCACCAACUACAAUAAUCGUCUCGUUUUUCACUUCAACAUCAAGGUGUUUGUAGCGUCGCGUAUAUUCCAACCCCUCAAUUUGCAGAUUCUGUUUUUCUACCAAUUCUUCUCCUGCUUUUUGCAAGCUGCUGUCUUAGGGAUCUCUCAGGUGAGCAGAGUUCUCUGCCCUCCGACACUUUCGGAAUUGUCUUCAGACGCAUCACCUGGUGCUCGCCCUCAUCGCCACCGAUCCUUGUGAUGUGGUCCUUCCUCCGAUCCUGUUCGCUUCCUUCAAUAUUCCCCUCAUAUUUUCAAUGUUGUGCAUGGAGUUCUCUCAAAUUUUGAUGGUAAUCGAGAGGACUCUUGCUACCUGCCUUUUUGUUUGUUAUGAGAAAACCACAAAAAUGAUUGGAGUGGUUCUCACAGUGGUCGCAGUGAGUUGUGAUUUCUGAAUUUGAGUUCACCUAGGUCAAUCCUUCAGAUCCUGCUGCCCGCUUUCACUUGCGUGUAUAUGUAUUAUGAUGACGAAUUCACCUAUCCGCAAAUGAGUGCCAUGUCGACUUCUCCCCACAGCGUGGCCAGAGUCAACUACUUGUUCAUCGUUGUCACCGUCAUGAACUUCAUCACUCUGAUGCACUCAAUCGGACUGUACAGACAUAAUCGGAGGAAAAUCAACGCGUAAGCGACUGUCUUCACAAAAACUCUCAUUCAAUGCCACGUUCCAGCGUCAGAAGUCGUGACCAUUUCAUCCUUUCGUCUCGCUUUCAAUUGAACGAGAACAUGGUGUCUGCGCGGCUUCUCUGGUGGCUUUCCUCUGCUCAAUUAGCCAUUUUCCUCUCGUACGGAUGCUCAAUGUACAGCCUGCGCAUCUUUUUAACCGGCCCUCGAAGUGCUAUUUGGCAGGCAGUUACAGAGUUAUGUUAUGUGAGCAACUGAGCAGCUUCCACUCGGGUUCUGAUUAAUCUCAUUACAGACUCCUCCUCUCUAUUGUGCCGCAAUGCCAUUGCUCUGUAUAAUGUCUGCUCGCAACUCGUUCAAUGAUCGAACAUCAAAGAUCAAAUCACUGGUUACGGUAGGUCUCAACACGAAGUCAACAGAAAGAGUUCGCUCUCCGUUUCAGCUCAAAUCAGUGGGCCCUGAGGGAUGGGACAACUACCAGGAUAUGCUGAUGAAGCAGUGGAAUUGA